AUAAACGCGGCGCAUACUGAUCGCGUGCUUUAGUUAUAGCGUGGAUAUAUUUCAAUUUCAAAUUCGAAAAGCGUAAAUAAAUCAGCAAACAGUGAAGACAAACAAGUUAAAAGUGUGGUGAAAUUUAAACGUGAAAUAAUUUCCAAAAUAAAAGCAGUGAAAACAAAACAGCUAAAGAAAGCAGCACAAUGAGCGGACGUGAUAAUCGUGGCAGUGGCCACCAACCGCUCAGUAAUGCAAUGGGCAAAAUCAAGGACAAACUCACACGUUCAACGGACACAUACCAACGAGUCGAAGAGGGACUCUCGCAAUCGAACACAGCUACCAGUUUGGACACUAUUCUACCCGAGGACCCGUUCCUCUUUCCACGUGGACCUACACCACAGCAAAGACAAAUGACACAACAGAAUAAUUUCAGCGUCGAUGACACACCGUUACAGUUCGGCCCCAUUAUACAGGAUAAUGACAUACACCCACCACCACAGUUACCGUUACCACUUAGCCAGUCGGCCAAAGCGACUGGCAGUCAGGAUUUUGUGGCUUUGCCGCCGCCACCAACAGCACAGCACAGUCACCGUGAUCAUCACCAGCGCAGCACCGUUUCUCUGGCCAACGAUGAGCUGCAGCGCAGCAAGCAGUCGUUGAAGGGUUCGCGCGUAUCCUUCGAACGCAGAUCGGUCGACAGUAGCGACGACGACAAUUUCGAGAGUCGGCGCAGCGGCUACCAACAACAGAAAACAGUUAGUGUUGACCACAAAGGCAUAUUGAAGGACCUCAAAAACAUACUGGCAAACGAUAAUCGUCGCCAAUUUCAAGCUAAGAAGCAUGUCUCACUCGAUGUGAAAGGCACACGUUUCCUCGAGGACAUGCUAAAGGAUUCCUCCUCUGAGGAAGAGUUUCGCAAAAAUCGUCGUGAAUUUCAAGGACGCAAACAUCAAAGUUUGGAUCCGCGCGUCAGUUUCAAACUCGAAAAAGUAUUACAGGGAUCAAGUACAGACAGUGAUGAGGAUGCGGAUGAUGUUGAGCAUACGCGUUUAAUACACCGUCCCAAAGAUAUUACCAAACCGGUCAUAAUUGACCUGAAGGAUUUGGAAAGUGAAAGCGAUGAAGAUUAUGAAGCGAGUCGUCAACAUUUCCAGCAGCAACGCUCCAUAAGUACAGAUUCGCGGAAAAGCCAUAGACUGUAUGAAAUGGACGAAAUGGGUAAAAAGAAAAAUGAAAACCUGCGCAACGCUGUACCUUUCGUCAGACAGAUUACCGAGGAUGGUAAACCCAAAUUGGAAGUCUACAGACCCACAACGAAUCCUAUUUAUAUUUGGACUCAGGUGCUUGCUGCACUGAGCGUAUCAAUGGGUUCAUUGGUUGUUGGUUUCUCAUCCGCCUACACUUCUCCAGCGUUGGUAUCAAUGACUGACAGAAAUUAUACGGACUUCGAAGUAACACCACAAGCGGCUUCUUGGGUUGGCGGUCUAAUGCCACUGGCGGGUUUGGCUGGCGGCAUUGCUGGCGGACCAUUUAUUGAGUAUAUGGGACGUCGCAAUACAAUUCUCGCUACCGCCGUGCCUUUCAUUAUCUCUUGGCUGCUCAUCGCUUGUGCUGUUAAUAUUGCCAUGGUGCUAGCUGGGCGAACGCUUGCUGGUUUCUGUGUGGGCAUUGCUUCGCUCUCGUUGCCCGUGUAUUUAGGCGAAACAGUACAACCGGAAGUACGUGGCUCAUUGGGUCUACUACCAACGGCUUUCGGCAACAUUGGCAUCUUACUUUGCUUUGUCGCCGGCUCAUAUUUUGAUUGGUCUCAAUUAGCUUUCCUUGGUGGUGCGUUACCUGUCCCAUUUUUGAUUCUUAUGUUCCUCAUACCAGAGACACCACGUUGGUAUAUCUCACGUGGACGUGAAGAUCGUGCACGGCGUGCCUUGCAAUGGCUACGCGGUAAACAAGCUGACGUUGAGCCAGAAUUAAAGGGUCUUUUGCGUACACAGGCACAUGCCGACAGACACUCAUCAGGCAAUCAAUUAGUAGAGUUGUUAAGACGCAACAACUUGAAGCCUCUAUCCAUUUCGCUGGGUUUGAUGUUCUUCCAACAGCUUAGCGGUAUAAAUGCUGUCAUCUUUUACACAGUAAUGAUAUUCCAAGAGGCUGGUUCCACCAUUGAUGGUAAUUUGUGCACAAUUAUUGUGGGUAUAGUGAACUUUAUUGCAACAUUUAUGGCAACCGUACUCAUCGAUCGGCUCGGACGUAAGAUUUUGCUCUAUAUCUCCGAUGUGGCCAUGAUUAUUUCGCUCUUCACACUUGGUGGCUUCUUCUAUUGCAAGGCAUCUGGCAUGAACAUCGCCGAGGUUGGUUGGUUACCACUGGCGAGUUUCGUGAUCUACGUGGUUGGUUUCUCACUCGGUUUCGGACCCAUACCGUGGUUGAUGAUGGGCGAGAUUUUGCCGGCGAAAAUUCGCGGCUCUGCUGCAUCGGUGGCCACCGCCUUCAACUGGACAUGCACAUUCAUUGUGACCAAAACCUUCCGCGACAUGAUUGAUACAAUGGGCGCACAUGGUGCCUUCUGGCUUUUCGGUUCCAUCUGUGUGGUGGGCUUAUUUUUCGUGAUAUUCUAUGUGCCUGAGACACAAGGCAAAACGCUGGAAGAUAUUGAACGAAAGAUGAUGGGACGUGUGCGUCGCAUGUCCUCAGUAGCGAACAUUAAGCCCUUGUCUUUCAAUAUGUAGAAAGAUGUCACUCAUCGUAUGAUUUACAUACAUAUGCACAUACAUACAUACAUGCUAUGAUGUGUAUAAAAAUACAACCAAAUACUAGUUUAAGUGCCUUAAUUUUAAAUUUAGUAGCGCAACAUGCGGCAAAUAUCUUGACCAGUGUGAAGUAAAGUUUGCAAAACGAAGCAGAAAGGAGGUGUGCGUUUAGAAUGUACGAAUGUAAUAUAGUUCUGUAAGCAGCUAGCAAGUCAAAGAAAUUAUGUAGAUGAGAUUUAUAAUAUUCUGAAUGUGAUGUAGUCUAAUAGCCGUUAACCGAAAGGAAAUGUGUGCACCUUUCUGUCGGUUCAUGACAAUUGAUGUUUCCAAAAUUUUUAACAAGGAAAAUUUAGAUGAAAAAAUUAAAUAUAUUAUAUAAAAUUGCAUUGUGUUAUUAGUAGUAUUUACAGUAAAAAUGAGGUAGUGACCUAAUUGUGUAGUUUUUUUUAAUUAAAAAUACAUUUUUUUAAUUAUAUUAAUGACCAUUAGUGCUAUAUUUAUUAAGUUAGGCGAUAUAACUAGCAAUAACAAACAAGCAAAGCUAAAAAGAAAAAUAUGAGUAAAAAUUAAAAAAACUACUAAGUUAAUCAUCAACCGCCUUAUAUUAUGUUAUUGUUAAUCAAUAUAAAUAAACUUUCUAUUCAAUAAGUAAUUGUUAAAUGAAAAGAAAAUUUAUUUUAAAUAUAAACGGUCUGUCGACCCAAUCUGAAGCGUACAAUGACCGAAAAACA